CAUUCUCAGCCAAUCACUGCUUUAUGUUGUAAUCACGUGGUACUAAAUUGACAGCUAAUUGCGCGGUGUUCCAGAGGUUGGAACAUUUUGUGUCUGGGCAUACGAUUGGCCAGUUGGAACGUGGAACAUUUCGAUUCCGAAAAGCACACACACAAGAUUCCCGGGCAGUGCUACAAUUCUCCAGUUGAAAAUGGAAACGAUACCAAUGCAAACACACGAUAUGUCAGCUCUCUUUUCCUUUUUCCCUCAAUUCACAAGUUCACUUUUCCCGGAUAUGGAACGGCCAGGACUGGAAGAACAGCAAUUACAACUUGCCAUCGAUCUGAACUCCGUGUUAGGGCUCAACGGCAGCAACGGCGAAGACGAGAGGACUAGUUUCUCAGAUGCAGAAAAGGCAAAGAAAAGCGUUAACAUGACAGAGUGUGUACCUGUUCCAAGUUCAGAACAUGUGGCUGAAAUAGUAGGAAGACAAGGUUGUAAAAUUAAGGCUUUACGGGCGAAAACGAACACUUACAUCAAAACCCCUGUUCGAGGCGAGGAACCCGUAUUUGUGGUGACAGGCCGGAAGGAAGAUGUUGCAAUGGCUCGGCGAGAAAUUCUCUCCGCCGCUGAACAUUUUAGUCAAAUACGUGCUAGUCGGAAAAAUAACGCUGCAGCCGCCGCCAGCCUUGCUCCAGGACCACCGGGCCCAAAUACUCCGGGCAUGACAACAAUCCAGGUCCGCGUUCCGUAUCGUGUUGUCGGGCUGGUUGUUGGCCCUAAGGGGGCGACCAUCAAACGUAUUCAGCAGACAACACACACGUACAUCGUCACGCCGAGUCGAGAGAAGGAACCAGUCUUCGAAGUCACCGGUUUACCCGAAAAUGUUGAAAGGGCGAGAGAAGAGAUAGAGAGCCACAUAGCUAUGCGUACCGGCGGCUUGAUAGAUUCCACUGCCGACGAAAACGAUUUUGCCAUUAACGGUACGGACUCUGGCAUAAAUGCAGCUGAUGAUUUGGGUCCUUUGUAUGGAAACAAACCUGGUAAUUCUGCCUUCACCUCUUUCAGAAAUAGCAAUAACUUUUUGCCAGGUAAUACAACUAAAGCCUCUGCUGGGGAUAUGGUUUUCAGCUUUGUUAAUACAAAUGGUACUACAAAAAUAAGUGAUUUCAACCCAAAUGUUACUCCAUUCUCCACAGCCAGUUCCACCAGCACUACUUUCACCAACAAUCUGAAUGGAUAUUCUCUCUUCAAUUCUCCGCAAGUCUCCCCUGAUCUUGGAAUUGAUGUCACCAGCUAUGACCCCUCGGCCAAAAUGUGGACAGAUUUAAGUCAUAAUGCUAUGUUCAACCCAACAACCACUGCCGCAUCAUCCAUACCACGUCGCAGCAGCAGCAUUUCAUCUGCCUCACCUCAGGAGGGGCCCACAGUAGGCAAUUCAGGAGACCAUCCACCAGCACGUCGUAUCCAUAGUGAUCCCCUCAGUGGAGGGAUAACUACCAUAACUUCGUCAUAUUCACCAAUCAUCAAUAGUUUCCCAUCUUCAACUACCUCCUCCACUGGCUCAGGCAGCACUUCUGCGUCAACUAGCCCUACUAAUUCCAUUGGUUCUAUGCAGCAUCCAAAGAAGGGGAAAGAAUGCAUGAUGUGUUUUGAAAGUGAAGUUGUUGCCGCUCUCGUCCCCUGUGGUCACAACCUCUUCUGUAUGGAGUGUGCCAAUCGUCUGAUGGAAAAGUCUGAUCCCGAGUGCCCCGUCUGUCACCAGACCAUCACUCAGGCAAUUCGUAUAUUUUCUUAGUAAAAACAAAACAAAAACUUUAGCAUUUGCAUAAAAACUAUACAUUUCAAAAACCCAUAAAAAUAUUCAAAUUCAAUGAAUUAUGAGAAUUUUGACUUAAGAAAAUCCAUAUGCCUAUUGUAUAACUUACACAAGAUAUUAUAACUUUAACUACAAAAAAAUUUUAUUCUUUGAAUAUAAGAUAUCUAUUUCAUACGAAGAUGUUUACAUGAACAAGAGUCUAAGUUCUACAGCUGGGUUCAAAGCUUUAUUUAGGAAGGCUUAUGCAGUCUGCAUCAGAUCACUUUAGAGUUGCAUUAUGAAUUAAUUAUUAUCACAGAUUUUUGAAAAUUUUUUCAUUUUUGGGAAGUGGAUAUAAAGUAUUGAAUAUAAUUGAGAUUUGGUUUUAAAAAGUAUAUUUUACCCAGCAAAAUAUUUUAUAGUCCAAAAAUAUAAAUAGACAUUAUUUUAUUCUAUAUUGUUGAAUUAAAAUGUUGCCCAAAAUGGGUAUUUAAUUAAAUAAUUGAAAAAAAAAGGUUUUUUGAAAUGAUGCAGUUUCUUGUUCUAACAUAUUAUAUUAUUUGUAUAAAUAGCAACUGACUAUAUGGUAAAAUCCGUUGCACUCAUAGCUAGAAUUUACUUAUUUUUAAUAUAUUAUUUACAGUUUAUGUAUAUGUAGGUGUGAGAUAUGACCAAAAAUGUUGAACAAAGUUUAAUACAAAUGCAAAUAUUUUUUUAUUUUUGUUUGGCCAGCUUACUGAAAUGGCCAGAUAUACUAAUAUUAUAUUUGCCGAGAUUUGAGAUUAUUAUGGAAUUGUUAUUAAAAAGUUUUAUUUUUCUGUCAUUAAAGUAAAAGUUCUUCUACGUUUAAGUUUUAAAAAAAAGUCGUGUUCGGAAUUUAUUUUUCAGGUGCCAUGUCUUGUGAUGUCUUGUUUUAUUGUCCUAAAUGUUAUAUAUUGUUUUCAAAAAAUUUAAUUUUUCAAUUUAUUUUGUACCAAAAACGAAUGGAGAAUGUGUUAUGUAUGCCUUAGCUCAAGUUGUGCAAAUCUAAGUGAAUCAAAUCACAAAGUCAAGUUUCAAAUAUGGCCAGGCUGAAAGUUAAUGCGGUUGCUUGAUUUGCACAGCUUGCCCUGUUAAGGCAUGACAUCGUACUUUGCAUUACAUUGCCAUUGCAUCUGCCUUUGUGGGAUGAAUUGUACAGACUCGACAGUCACUAUUGUUGGGGUUUUAUUCUAAGGCAUAAACUUUAGAUAGUAAUCCUUUACGAAAAAAGCAGUUGACUUGCUGCGUACCAGAUCAGAUCAGUACCAUACAAUAACCAAAUAACUCAGUAUUUACAAUUUUUUUUCUUUUCUGGAAUUUUAUUGUCAGACUGUACUUCUAUUCAAGUUUAACUCUUUAAUGUUUGUAUAAAAAAAUAAUGAAUUGCACUAAUAACUAUAUAUUAUGAACUGUUUUAUUCAAGUAUUAUAUACUAAUAUCUGCUGGCAGAAGUUUUUUCCAUCCUUUUACCUGUAAUGCACCUGCUUGAGAAAUCUGAAUAUGAAAGCAUUAAAGGUUAUUUCUCAGCAAAAUAUCAGUUCAGCUUCACUGCUCAUGUUAUUGGUGUAUUCAAAAUUAUUUUAAUUCUGAUAAAUGGUCGAAGGCAUUUUAAUUUCGUCUUUGUUUCUGUUGAGGGAAUUAUUUAUGCUAACCUUGUGAAUGACAAUCUUGUUAAUGACCUUAAAUUAUUCACUAUCAGCAUUUAAGUUUCUCGUAAACUUCAAGCAUGGGAUGCAUUGGUAUUUAAUUCAUGGUUUGAUUUUAAUUUUUUUAACGCAACAAUUGUUUUUCUAAAGUACAAAAAUGCAAUAAACAAGUUUUUUUUUUCCU